UCAUUCAGUCACUGCUUCAGUUAACCCUCUGAAGCAGGGUGGAAUAAAUGUUUGGACUCUGUUUUUAUUUGGAAUAGAGUUAUAAGUCAUCUCUUUAUUCUACGGCUUGUGGCUAAUCAAAUUUCAAGGACGGAUUAUUAACGUUAAUGAUUGGUUGUAUGGGAAUAAACAAUGUGGAAUUACUAUGUGUGAUGGUUGGAGACAGAGACCGUGGUGGCGGCUUACUGGCCGCACGAUGUUGACCACUAGAGGGGCUCUUUUUAUGGUAUUGGUGUCAAUAACAACGGCCUGUUAUUUAUUUCCUAGUGACGUGCCUGAUCCUUGCCGCGGUGUAACAUGCGGUCCCGGCGCUCUGUGCCGGCCGACACCUGAUGGACUUUUCUACAACUGCGAGUGUCCUACCUCGUGUCCCAGCUACGGUGACCACGAAGGCUCGCGACCACUGUGUGCCAGCGACGCCCGCGACUAUCCUGGCGAGUGUGAAAUGCGCAGGGCUGCUUGCGAGUCCAAUACAAAUAUAACAUUCAAGUAUUACGGCAAAUGUGAUCCGUGUGCUGGAGUGACCUGCCCCGAUCCAGAAGUGUGCCAAUUGGACGAGCGCCGAUCGCCAUCUUGUCGGUGCGCGGAGCCGUGUCCGCUAGAGUUCUCGCCUGUGUGUGCUUCAGACGGGAAGACGUACUCGAACGAGUGUCAAAUGCACCGCGAGUCGUGCCGCGCCAGGAAACAGUUGAAGAUAAUAUUCAAGGGGCAGUGUAGUUCUGGCGUGAAUCCAUGCGCGGAGGUGGAGUGCCGUCACGGUGCUGAAUGCCGGGUGGAGGGUGGCGGCGCUGUGUGUGCUUGUCCGCCGCCGUGCGAGCCCGUGCUGCGCCCUGUGUGCGGCACCGACUCACGCACGCACGACAGCGAGUGUGAACUGCGUCGUGCCGCAUGCUUGCUUGGCAGGGAGCUACGGGUGUUACACGCUGGCGCUUGUGGUUCAAACGGCAUAUGCGCGGGGCGUGUUUGCCCGCACGGAGGCGAGUGCGUGCCUGCCGGCGGUCGCGGUGUUUGCCGCUGCCCGCGGUGUUCCAACGAGUUCGCCCCCGUCUGCGGAUCCGAUGGAAUUUCGUAUGGAAACCGCUGCAAGCUGCAGCUAGAGGCAUGCCGGCACCGCCGCGAUGUGCAAGUGCUUUAUGAUGGACCCUGCAAUGGCUGUGAAAACAAGAAAUGCGAGUUUUACGCGGUGUGCGAAAGUGACGGUAUUUCUGAAGCAAGUUGCGUAUGUCCGAAACAUUGCGAGGAGGGAACUGAGACAGAAGAGGUUUGUGGUAACGACAACCGCACCUACAGUAGUGUAUGUGCGUUACGUGAUGAAGCUUGCCGAGAAAAACGCAGACUUUACAUCAAGCAUAUGGGAUCAUGUGAGUCGUGCGCGGGCGUGGAGUGUCCGGCGGGCACGUGGUGUGCGCGCGGCGCAUGUGCGUGCAGCGCGCCGUGCGCGGCGGCGGCGCGCGAGCCGGUGUGCGCCGACUCGGGCGCCACCUAUGCGCACGAGUGUGCGCUGCGCCGCGCCGCCUGCGAGGCGCGCAUGCGCGGCGACCCGCCUCUCCGCGUCGCCUACUACGGCGAGUGCACCGACUCCCAGGACGAGAACGCCACUGCGGGGGUAAACAAAACUGUAAAACUCAUAGAUAUAAGCAAUGAGAUUCGUUCAUCAGAUGAGACAGCGGAAAGUUCGAGCGAACCAGGCGCCAGCACCGCCGUGUGCGCGAGAGUACAGUGCGCUUAUGAGGCUACAUGCGCUGUCGACUCUAAUGGACAGCCGAGAUGUGCGUGUUUGUUUGACUGCGCGGCCGCAGCUGCUGCCGCUGCGUCUUCAGCUCCUGUGUGCGCCUCGGAUCUAAGAUUGUACCCAACAUUGUGUCAUAUGAAGUUAGAAGCGUGCCGGCGACAAGAGGAUCUCAGACUACGACCGCUGGCUUUAUGCAGGGGGCUAGAAUUCAGACCGUGUGGUGAUGACGAGCCUCUAACAGACGCUGAAGGUAGAAUGCUGGACUGUGGAGGCGGACCACAUAGAAAAGAUUGCCCUAUUGGCAGUUAUUGUCAUCAUACAGCGAAAGCUGCGCGUUGCUGUAAGAAAGAAAAAGGGUCAGUAGAGACAAAGGGAUGUCAGGAGUCGUGGCACGGGUGCUGUGCGGACGGUGUGACACCGGCACGCGGGCCGGGCGGCGCCGGCUGUCCGUCGCAGUGCGGCUGUCAUCGUCUCGGAUCAGUGUCCGAGCAGUGCGACGAGAGCGGACAGUGUACGUGUCGGCCUGGCGUCGGUGGCCUCAAGUGCGAUCGUUGCGAGCCCGGGUAUUGGGGCUUGCCCAGGAUCGGUACCGGCCACACCGGAUGCAUACCAUGUGGAUGCUCGGCAUUUGGAUCUGUUCGCGAGGACUGCGAACAGAUGACUGGCCGUUGCGUUUGUAAACCAGGCAUUCAGGGGCAAAAAUGUACAGUUUGUUCUAACCAUGAACACACUCUAGGACCUAAUGGAUGCUUUGAUCCUGAGUCCACGCAAUUACCAGCGACGAGUUGCGAGCACAUGACGUGUUACUUCGGCGCGCACUGUAUAGUCCGCAACGGGCUGGCUACUUGCGAGUGCAACGCAGGCGAGUGCACGUCCGCUCCCACUACCGCUCCCGCGCCCGCUGUCUGCGGAAGCGACGGACGCACCUACUUAUCCACGUGCCACCUGCGUGCCCACGCGUGCCGCACGCAAGCUGACAUCGUAGCGCAAGCGUUCGGCCCAUGUACCGACGAGCCCCACGUCAGGCGAGACAAUAUCUACGCAGACGUUGGUAGUAUGACAGAGAAAACCGAUGAACCGGUUAAUUGCGUUGUUAAGUCUAGACGUAAAAUGGACAUGGAUAAGAAUUUGGAGAUUCAGAUCUCGAAUGAAGUAGAAGACGAUUAUUCACAGUACGAGGAUUACGAGGGAGAGAAAGAUGACAUUUAUAAAGUGCCGUUGUUUGAUGGUCUAGCAGGUAUGUCAGUGCGGGUACGAUUGCCCGCUAAACGAUUUGAUAUAUGGGCUGAGGUGUCGGCUGCGUGCGGUAAAGGAUCUUUGUUGAGUGCGGCUGGGGUGAGAGAUUAUGUAUGGCUAGGAUUCAACGAAGAUAAGGCGGUGUUACGGUGGGAUGCGGGUAGUGGGACACUAGAAUUGCGUUCGGGACAAGUGAAAACUGAUGGAAAAUCGAAAAUUUCGGCGCGGAGAUACAAGAAAGACGCGAUGCUGAGAGUUGGAACCACGACCGUAAGGGGUUCAGCACAGGGGCGCAUGAGUUCUCUAGAUGUUGAUCCGUUCAUUUACGUUGGCAGCCCUCCUCAAAAUGUUACUAAGCUCAUGGGUGCAUCAAUGUUGCCUGGUUUUGUGGGCUGUGUACACCGAUUGCGAGUGAGUGGACGAGACCUAAUUCCUCCUGUGCGAGGUCUACGCAUCAUAUCUCAAGGCCUGAAACCAUGCACACCGCAUAAUUUAGGUCAACUGACAUGUCCGUGAACUAUCUGUUCGAUUUAUUGACCAAAAUGAUGUUUGUUCCGUGUCAUGUUAUCCUAGUGAAUCGGUACCAAGAAUAGAGUUAUUUACAUUUAAAUAUUUUGAAAUAAUUAUUAGAAGUAAUUGUUUCAAUUACCAUCUAUAUAUCUAUAUGAGUAUUGCUUAUUGAAAUAUCUUUAUAUUGAUUUGGAAAAGUUAUGGAGGUGAAUUAUAGGUGAAGUAAUAAAUAGUAUAUAGAUUAAAGACGUUCAUAUAUUGGGUUUAUACUAUCCUUAUUCUAAUUUUUUUUUUAAAUUAGUGAUUUUGCCGUAUAAAUGUAACAACAU